GAAAGCUAACGUGAUCUGCAGCUGACAGCGAACAUGUCUUGCGGCGGAGCUGACGUUAAAUAAAUAACAGAUAUUUCUAGAACAGGGAAUUCGAAUUUAGAUUCGUGAAAACGCAUUAUUUAUAUUAGCGACAUGAGUUUACCUAGUAAAUAAUUAUAGCUAAUAUUUGGAGAGAUGUAUCUAACUACCAUGACGAGCAAGCUAACGUCAGCUGGCUUAUCUGAAAAGGUUGUUAGCUGUCGAGUUGGCUAGCUAGCAGCGACAAUAACUUCCCACUACUGCUUCGAGAAGUCAUCUCAGAAGCCGUGCAGGUACCCGUCGGCAAGUUGAUGUUCAGUGCGACAUGGCUUCGAGCUUCGCCCCGCCGAAACUGGCAGACUUCAUUCUGACCGAGAAGCUGGGCAGUGGCACCUAUGCGACAGUUUACAAGGCAUACAGGAAGGGCCACAGCCGGGAAGUGGUGGCAGUAAAGGUUGUGGGGAAGAAGAGCCUGAACAAGACUUCUAUGGAGAAUCUACUGACCGAGAUAGAGAUUCUGAAGACUGUGCGCCAUCCGCACAUUGUACAGCUUAAGGAUUUCCAGUGGGACAGUGAGAACAUAUACCUCAUCCUGGAGUGGUGUUCGGGAGGGGACCUGUCACGAUUCAUCCGUAGCCGCCGCCUGCUGCCUGAGAGGGUGGCCCGCCGCUUCCUGCAGCAGAUCGCCUGUGCUCUGCUGUUUCUUCACGAGCGCAACAUCUCCCACCUGGACCUUAAACCUUCAAACAUCCUGCUCAGCGGAUCCGUGCUCAAACUGGCAGAUUUUGGCUUUGCGCAGUACAUGUCUCCCUGGGAUGAGCAGAGUGUGCUGAGGGGCUCUCCUCUCUACAUGGCCCCGGAGAUGGUGUGCCGCAGACAGUACGACGCCCGCGUUGACCUCUGGUCUGUGGGGGUCAUCCUGUAUGAGGCUGUGUUUGGGCGCCCACCGUUUGCCUCUCGUUCCUACGCCGAGCUCGAGGAGAAGAUCCGCAGUGAUCGGCCCAUCGAGCUGCCACCAGGGGUAAGAGUGUCGCGGGACUGCAGGGACCUCCUGGUGAGGCUGCUGGUGCGGGACCCGGACACGCGGAUAACCUUCGCCGAGUUCUUCACACACCCCUUCGUGGACCUGGAGCACAUGCCCAGCGCAGAGAGCCUGGGGAAGGCUAAAGAGCUGGUUCUGCGGGCCGUGCAGAAGGACCAGGAGGGGGACACUUCUGCCGCGCUGUCUCUGUACUGCAGCUCUCUGGAGCACUUCGUCCCAGCCAUUCACUUUGAGACGGACAGAAUCCGCAAAGAGGCGCUAAGACAAAAGGUCAAUCAGUACGUGUCUCGGGCAGAGGAGCUCAAAGCCCUGGUAGCAUCGGACAACAAGAUCAUCUUUGAGCAGGCUAGGUCCUCCAGAGACAUUCUCAAAGGAAUGUCCCGGGACCAGCCCCGCUUGCUGUCAGCACUGGAGAUUGCGUCGGCUGCUGUGACCAAGGCGGAGAGUGGGAUGGAAGACCAGGAUACCCUGGAUAUGUAUCAACAGAGUCUGGGAGAGCUGCUGCUAGCGCUAGCUGCCGAGGCCCAGGGCCGUCGGAGGGAGCUGCUCCACUGUGAGAUUAAGAGUCUGAUGACCAGAGCUGAAUGCCUCAAAGAGCAUUUGAAGAUGCGGGAGGCCCAGACAGACGUGUCAUUCGAGCGGGAACCCUUCUCAGAGUCUGUGCGGAGCGCCUGCUGUGUACAGUGAACAUCGGUCCAGGCCCUGGGGAUGACAUUAAGUACCAGGAACGCAAUGCUGCAGGCCAAGAAAAUGAAGCUUAUGGUCCUACCAAAAUUCAGUGCUCUGGUGCCGUCGCCUCCUUAUGGUUCUCCACAAACUGUUGGUCCAAACCUUACACUUUGAGACUGAAUGAACUUCACAUAUCGCAUUACAUUCUCAUACACUUCGGUUUCUGUCGCAUUUCUGUAGUUCAAGAUGAAAGAUGAAAAUGGUUUUACUGGCAAACUGCUAACUCAGUAGUUAUUUGUAGUAGUUUCCCAAGGAACUGAUGGCUGUGUAUCUGAAUAGAACAAAGUGCUUUUCAAAGCCCUCUGACUGACUAUUUCUUUAACUCGCAUGUACACAGACACAUGUACUUGCAUGCAUCACAUCUGUAUCACAGUCCUACCACAGUCUAAAGUGCUGUUGAAUGUUAGCCACCACCCUUGAGAGGAGCUACACUACUGUGCCCCAAGGGAGUGAGGCUUUGUCCUUACUCAUUUACUUUAGACUUAUGUUUGUUUCGGCACAGUCCAACUGAAAAGUGUGCAAGGGUGAAGCUCGUUUUACCGAGCUAACGGCCAAAUCUGCUGUGGCUUUGGUGUGCGUUUAGCUGCAGCUAUCAGCUGCCCCCAGCUAUGAUUAAAGAGCACUGCUGUGAAGAGGCUUGAGUGUUAUUUAUCAGUGUGCUGUUGCUAGCGUCCUCUGAAAGGGAAUAUUAUUCCAUAUAAUAGUUGACAUUUUGAUGACUUGAAAAUGCUAUAGGAAAGCCUCUUUUCCAGCUCAGGUCUGUUCAUGACACUGGUUUUGUCAUAUUUGUUUAACGUAUGCUUUUUUAAAAUUGAUUUGCAUAUGUAAUGGAAUGUGAAUUUGAAAUAAAUGAAAUUCUCAACAUAA